AUGAAGACCUCUCAUGAUGAUGAAUACAAGACUCACCAUGAAGAUGAAUAUACAUCUCAUCAGAGUGAACAAAAUACGUCAACUGUAGGGACUGGAAGUGAACAAAAUACGUCAACUGUAGGGACUGGAAGUGAACAAAAUACGUCAACUGUAGGGACUGGAAGUGAACAAAAUACGUCAACUGUAGGGACUGGAAGUGAACAAAAUACGUCUACUGUAGGGACUGGAAGUGAACAAAAUACGUCUACUGUAGGGGCUGGAAGUGAACAAAAUACGUCUACUGAAGGGGCUGGAAGUGAACAAAAUACGUCUACUGUAGGGACUGGAAGUGAACAAAAUACGUCAACUGUAGGGACUGGAAGUGAACAAAAUACGUCUACUGUAGGGACUGGAAGUGAACAAAAUACGUCUACUGUAGGGACUGGAAGUGAACAAAAUACGUCUACUGAAGGGACUGGAAGUGAACAAAAUACGUCUACUGAAGGGGCUGGAAGUGAACAAAAUACGUCUACUGUAGGGACUGGAAGUGAACAAAAUACGUCUACUGUAGGGACUGGAAGUGAACAAAAUACGUCUACUGAAGGGGCUGGAAGUGAACAAAAUACGUCUACUGUAGGGACUGGAAGUGAACAAAAUACGUCUACUGUAGGGACUGGAAGUGAACAAAAUACGUCUACUGUAGGGACUGGAAGUGAACAAAAUACGUCUACUGAAGAGGCUGGAAGUGAACAAAAUACGUCUACUGAAGGGGCUGGAAGUGAACAAAAUACGUCUACUGAAGGGGCUGGAAGUGAACAAAAUACGUCUACUGAAGGGGCUGGAAGUGAACAAAAUACGUCUACUGAAGGGGCUGGAAGUGAACAAAAUACGUCUACUGAAGGGGCUGGAAGUGAACAAAAUACGUCUACUGAAGGGGCUGGAAGUGAACAAAAUACGUCUCAGGUCCGACCAUCUAAUACAGUGGUGGAUAAUGGAGCCAACUAUGACAUCCAGCACGUGCUGCCAUCUAGGGAGUCUCCAGGACCAGGUGCUGCCACUAGGGAGUCUUCUGGUAACUACCGCGUGCUGCCAUCUAGCCAGUCUCCUGGUAACUGCCAGGUGCUGCCAUCUAGGGAGUCUCCUGGUAACUACCAGGUGCUGCCAUCUAGGGAGUCUCCUGGUAACUACCAGGUGCUGCCAUCUAGGGAGUCUCCUGGGAGUCUCUGCCAGCCUCAGGUGCAGCCAGCCAGGGAGUCUGCUAGCCUCAGCCAGCAGCCAGAGUCUGCCAGCCUCAGCCAGCAGCCAGAGUCUGCCAGCCUCAGCCAGCAGCCAGAGUCUGCCAGCCUCAGCCAGCAGCCAGAGUCUGCCAGCCUCAGCCAGCAGACGGGGCGCGCGAGCGAGCAACUUAAGAGUCUGCCAGCCUCAGCCAGCAGCCAGAGUCUGCCAGCUUCACACCAGCAGCCAGAGUCUGCCAGCCUCAGCCAGCAGCCAGAGUCUGCCAGCCUCAGCCAGCAGCCAGAGUCUGCCAGCCUCAGCCAGCAGCCAGAGUCUGCCAGCCUCAGCCAGCAGCCAGAGUCUGCCAGCCUCAGCCAGCAGCCAGAGUCUGCCAGCCUCACCCAGCAGCCAGAGUCUGCCAGCCUCAGCCAGCAGCCAGAGUCUGCCAGCCUCAGCCAGCAGCCAGAGUCUGCCAGCCACACACCAGCAGCACCAAAUUAA